UUUUCCCACCCAGACUCCAGCGCCGACCCGGACCCGGAGUCAGUAUUUCUCCAGGGGCGGCGCAGCGAGCAAGGCUGCUCCUAAGAGCUGCUACUCCGCGCGGCCCCGCCACUUUCGGGAGCCCCGGGUGCGCACCUGCAAACUCUCCGCCUCAUUCACCUGCGGCUUGUGAGCCAGCGCGGGCGCCAGAGCUAACCAUGGCCAACGCGGGGCUGCAGAUGUUGGGUUUCAUCCUGGCCUUUCUGGGUUGGAUUGGCGCCAUCGUCAGUACCGCGUUGCCCCAGUGGAAGAUUUACUCCUACGCCGGUGAUAACAUCGUGACUGCCCAGGCUAUCUACGAGGGGCUGUGGAUGUCCUGCGUGUCUCAGAGCACCGGGCAGAUCCAGUGCAAAGUCUUCGACUCCUUGCUGAGCCUGAACAGUACUUUGCAAGCAACCCGCGCCUUGAUGGUGGUUGGCAUUUUGCUGGGACUGCUGGCAGUCUGUGUGGCCGUCGUUGGCAUGAAGUGUGUGAAGUGCAUGGAAGACGAUGAAGUGCAGAAAAUGCGGAUGGCUGUCAUUGGGGGUGUGAUAUUUUUUAUUGCAGGUCUGGCUAUUUUAGUUGCCACAGCAUGGUAUGGCAAUAGAAUUGUUCAAGAAUUCUAUGAUCCAAUGACCCCAGUUAAUGCCAGGUAUGAAUUUGGUCCGGCUCUCUUCACUGGCUGGGCUGCAGCUUCUCUCUGCCUUCUGGGAGGUGCCCUACUCUGCUGUUCUUGUCCCCGAAAAACAACCUCUUACCCAACACCACGGCCUUAUCCAAAACCUACACCCUCCAGUGGGAAAGACUAUGUGUGACACAGAAGGAGAAGGAGACAACUCUUGGAGUGCAGAGAAAAUGGACACUGAAAUACAAUCGUUGACAUUAAGACCUUAGACUUUUGACUCUUAUAGUCUGAACUUUGGUAUUUAAAUAACAGGAACAACAUAUUUUGUAAAGUAUCCAUUGCUAAAAAAUGAUUUAGUCUUUUUUUUAACCUCUUUUCCCUCCUAUCUCUGUACAGGAAGGAAGCCCUAUCCAUUUUAAUUAUUGCUUCCCACUGAGUAAUUAUACUCAUAUGGGGGGAGAGGCAAUCCUUAAAUAUAUAUAUAGCUAUGUAUAUAUACAUGUUUUUCUAUAAAAAUAUUAGACAGAAAGAAACUCUUAUUCUCAUUAUGUUUGUACCAGCACACUUAAAAUAUCACUAAAAAAGAAAAAUAUAUAUUUAAUUCCAUACUGAUUAAAUAAGUGGUUGAUUUUUGUAUUUUCCAUCUUUGUAUUUGUAUACAUAUAUAAUCAAUAGGUCAAAAAUCAUUUACUCUCAUCAGGUUUUAAUGUCUUAGACAUAAGACUGAACCUACUCUACCAAGUAUGAAUUCUUUCAAUUCUUCAUAUAUACCCCUUUCAUAUGCUUUUGGUUUUUGUUUUUAUUAGGUUGGUCUCUAACCCACAAAUUUAAUAAGCCUGCUUUUUAAUUCCUAAAGUCAAUGAGAGUCUGUUGGGAAUUUGAGCUUUGGAUGUAAAUAUUUCUGCAUGACCAGAAUAAUAUAUUCCUACUGACCUUCCCACACAUGAUCCCUGUUCUCUGACCCAUAACACUCUUGUUUGCUUUGAAAAUAUUUGUCCAAUUGAUUAGCUGCCUGCUACUUUCCCAAGUGUUGUAACACACUUUUAUUGACUGAAUUUUUGGAGCUACUUACUUAAAAUUGUAUAUUCUCCCAAACUAUCUUUUUCCCACCCCCUCCUCAACUGUAUUGCUGUUUCGCUGUGUAAUUAUCAUAUAGUUUGCCUCUGCUCCCAGAGAGGUGUGGUCUGUUUGUCUAAAUGAAGUGCUGGGCUUUCUGGAGUGAUAAUCUGGUGACAAAUAUUGUCUCUGUAGCUGUAAGCAAGUCACUUAAUCUUCCUACAUCUUUUCUCAUCUGUCAAAUGGAGAUAAUGAUACUUAAUCAGCUAGUAGAGGUGGUAUGAGUUUUAAUUUGUUGAUAUUACUAUCAUUCUUUGAACAUGAAACAUGCCUAAGUAAUUUUGUAUUUGCACACUUGGCUGUUUAAAAGUCAUUGAACAAAACCUACAUAAACACCUUCACAGGAUUCAGCAUCUCCCUUUCUCCACUGGACUAUUUCCUUUCUUUCUGUGGUGCCUAGUGCACUGUUGGUGCUCAGUUCAGUUUUAACAGCUGUUCUUAGUUUUCCAGAUCACUUCCACUUGAGAAGGAUGAUGUAAUGGAAAGAGUAUUGUCUCUGGUGUCUAGAGACCUGGAUUUGAGCUUGGUGCUAUCAAAUACUGUCUAUGUUUGGACAAGGCAUUUGGCUGCCCUAGAUUUAUUACUUGAUCUGUUAAAAGGGGUUGGUAAUUCCUAACCUGCCUAUCUCACAGGGCUGUUGUGAUGAUCCAGGGGGAUGGCAUACAUGUAAAUAUGGUUUUGUAAGGUGAAAAAGUAUUGAGGAAUUCAAGUCCAUACGUUUUGGAGUUACUUUUCAAACAACUGAAAAGAGAGAAAUUUUAAGAAAUUGAUUUCUUGCCUUAAUUCGUUCCUCAAGAGAUGAGAUACAAAAGUGGGGUUCAGCUCACUAAAUGAAAAGAAUUCUGGGGUUUAGUUUUUUCAGUCAUUGUGGCUUGAUGCUUUUAUGGCUAAGCUUUUCUCCUUUCAGCUACAUAGAAUAAGCCUAGGACAUCUGCAGAUGAAAUGUGUUAAGCAAAAGCAUAAGUGUUGACAAUAUGAGAGAUUUUUGAAUCAUAUCUUUCAAGAAUAUUUAGGUACUAUCUAUAAAGUGAUGCACUCAGAGCUGCUAUUAGCUAGUAGAGGACACCACUAGGAUAGUUAAUAUACGAACAGGACUUCAGGGUGAAACAACAUGAGAAAAUUAUCCAAAGGAAUAUAUCAUAAUGAGGACUUGAACCUGGUAAAUCUGAGUGUGACUUCCAAACUUGAGUCUGUACUCCUAGAAGAUAUAAUUCAAAAAACCCUUUGCCACAUAGAUUCCAAUGACGUGUGAUUGCACGUGCAUGUGGGUGCCAGUUGCUAAAAUCCACAGAGAAAUCUAGAAUCAAAAUGACCAGCAGAAUUGUUACACCAGAAUUUAUACAGUUUUCAUAUUUUAAUACCCUGCUACACAUCUAGAAACAGACCAAUAAGUAUUUUGUUUUGCUUUUUUUUUU